AUGUCGUCGUCUGACUUGUACGACCUGACUGUGGCGUCUCAUCUCAUCGUCGAGCAGUUCCUCCUCUCGCAAGGCUACAGCUCCUCCGCCUCACAACUGCGCACGGACGCCUCCUCCUCCGGACUCAGACUCCCGCCUCUUCCCGCUGACGCUGGCCAGUCACUGGAUCUGCGCCAGCUGGUCGAGAGCUAUCGUUCCGGCGUACGUGCAGACGAACGCAGACGUAAAGCCGAGCAGCUCGCUGCCACCCACGCUACACGUGCCAUCGCCGACCCACUCACCCUCACCCUCCCUGGCCCGACCACGCUCCCCUUCAAGCUCGAAAAGACCCACUCGACGCUCCAUGCAUCCAACAUCCUCUCCAUUGCCAACCUCAAACUCCCUCGUCGAAGCUUCGACACGGGUCGAGCACGAUACGUCAACACGAUCGAGGACUGUCUCGUGACCACAGCUGCGGACAAACGGAUCGUCUUUUCCAACGCACGCACGGGUGAGGUGGAGGAGAUCCUCGAGGCGAAAGAUGGGCAUCAGGCGGCGGUACUGAGUGUCGCCCAGGACUCGAUGGAUCCUAGGUGUCUGAUCAGUUCCGGGAUGGACGCAAAGGUGGUGGUGUGGGACCUGCUGACGAGGCAGCCGAUCCAGGUGCUGAGCGAGCACAGCAAGUUCGUGGUCAAGGUGGUGGUGAGUCCGACGGGAGAAUACAUGGCGAGCAUCGGAUACGACAAAAAGCUCGUUGUGUAUCGCAGGACGCAGCAGACGUUGUUUGUCGCGUCAACUGCACCCUCGGCUGAAGAGGAGGAAGAUGACGAGGAAGACGAGGUGAAAGAUCUCAAAGGUCCAAGAUACGAAAAGGUGUUCGAGAUGGAGACGCAGACCAAUCCGGAAGCGAUCCUGUUCGUUCGAGCUGCUGUCUCGCCCAAUGCAGCAGAGGUCGCCUCCGAACUCGCGAGCGGCACAGAAACCACCGCGGGCGCAGGCGAGCUGGUCAUCCACGAAGCCCGCGAGCAGCGCACCUGGCUCUGCUUCACGGUCCGCAACGACUGUUUCAUCCACUACAUCGCCCUACCUCUCUCCGCCGACGCCUCGGUCUCUUCCAUCACCGACUCUCUCUCUGCCAACUCUCUUCAUGAUUCCGCCAAGCCACCGUCCGCAACUUCGCCGGUCGCGGACUGGUCUCUGCACAGCUUCAACACGAACCCCAACCCGUCCGAUCUGCACGUCUCGUACUCCCUCCUCUCGCUCUCCCUCCAUCCCUCCUCGCUGUAUAUCUGCGUCCAGACGGGCGACCAUACCUCUCCGGCGCUCGCCUCGACCUCGAACGCCACAGCGCCCGGCUCACUCUCGCGGCUUCUGCUCCUUGCUCCGCUAUCGGCCCACCGCGCAGCGACGAUCUGGACCGGGGUGCCAACGAGCUCCUACGCCGUACCUCGACACUCGUGGCUGCCAUCGGGGCGGGCGUGUUGGUUGAACGCCGAGGACGGCGUGCUGCGACUGGUGGAUCUGAAGGGACGGACGAGGGCGACGGUGCUAGCUCAUGGCGUGGCGCAGGAUGGGGAGGACGGAGAGAGAACGGCCGCUGCCAGCUGGAGCAGAGGCGGGAAUACCAUCGUCAAGGACGUGGUGGUGUUGGAUGAAGGCAGCGUGGCCAGCUGCGGGUUCGAUCGGACGGUCCGAAUUGUCACGCUCGAGGGGCAGAGUCUGGCAUGA